AGGAAUGAUUUUUAACUCCACCCAUAGUUUGGGAUAGGAUUAUUGUAGUCUCAAACUAUUCUCUUUUCAUCCACCCCCUUUCCUGAACUUUCUAGGGCAAAGUUAUUUGAAGCAAGAGAGAAUUUCGGCAUUCCCAUCUUCUGAACAGAUUAGCCUGUUUCCCAAGUUGUGUUCACCCUCCUACCUCAACAGCUCAUGCCAACCAUAUUAUUUUAAAAUGUUAUACUUUAAGCAAAAAGGGCUAUUUUUCGGAGGACUGUUACAUGUUUUGUUCUGCUUGUUGCCUAAUCCAGGGAGCUUCAUAAAAGUGGAUACGUUUUUUCCUUACGGACGCGAUGUUGGAGAUCUUCUUUUAACUCCUGGAGAUGACUCUGAUUCGGAACCUUUAAGACCCAAUCAAUCACUGCAUUUCUAUGAUGGCACCAUCUCUACCUUAUUUGUCACAACUAAUGGCAUGAUUGCAACCAGCAAACCACCACCAGAAGAUGAUUACCUUGAACAGUUCCCUCCAGAUUUUGGCUUGAUUGCCCCAUUUCUGUCUGAUAUUGAUACAUCAGAAGGUGGGAAUGUGUUUUACAGAGAAGACACAUCACAAGAUGUCUUACAUUUGGCAUCCAAACACAUUAACAGAGGGUUUCCAGGAAGUACCUUUAUACCAAAAUCUGCUCUUGUUUUCACUUGGGAAGAUGUGCUACCCUACUACUCUCAGAGAGGAGAUGCCAUUCCACAUAACAAGGGAAACACAUUUCAGGCUGUUUUAGCAUCAGAUGAAUCCAAAUCCUAUGCUAUUUUCCUCUAUCCAGAGGAUGGCUUAAACUUCCAUGGGACACAACCAAAGAACAAUUAUAAUGAGGAAAACUCAGCCCGAGUUGGAUUUAGCAAAGGGGCAGAAGCAUUUAUUUUGUGGAAGACUAAAGGACCACAUAAUGAGUUUGCCAAUGAUUAUUAUUCAUUGGAAAUGUUACGCUGGAAAACCAAUUCUGGUAUGCAGGGAGUCUGGAUUUAUGAAAUCGGAGGACCAUCUACUCUCAAAUCUGUUGUGGCUGCUAAUGUAGAGCACUUUGCUACACUUGAUGAAAAAGAAGAAAACCAUUCAGAGGAGACAGAAGAUUUUAAUGACCAUUAUGUAACUGAACAAGAUUAUGAAAAUAAUCCCCUUAAACCUAAUAUUCCAGGUCUUAAUUUGAUUCCUGUUGACCCCUAUCUAGACCAGGAGGACGUUAUUUUGGGAAAUGUUAAUUUUCAAGUUCCAUCUUUUCCACAGAACAACCCCCAAAUUGUGAUUGUUGAUGAUGAACUAGAGGACACUGGAGUAGUGUUCCAGUAUAAUACAGGAAAUCAGCAGACCUGUGCUAAUAAUCGCCAUCAGUGCUCCAGUCAGGCAUUUUGCAAAGACUAUUCAACUGGAUUUUGUUGUACAUGCAUUCCUGGCUAUUAUGGUAAUGGAAGACAAUGUGUGGCAGAAGGAUCACCUCAACGAGUGAAUGGGAAAGUCAAAGGGAAGAUUUAUGUGGGAAGUAAUCCUAUUCCAGUGGUGUUUGAAGGCAUUGACCUUCACUCAUAUGUUGUGGUUAAUGAUGGACGAGCUUAUACAGCUAUUAGCACAAUUGCUGACUCUUUAGGGUACUCUUUGCUUCCACUAGCUUCUAUUGGUGGUGUUAUUGGAUGGAUGUUUUCUGUGCAGCAGCCAGGAUAUAAGAAUGGUUUUAGCAUUACAGGUGGAGAAUUCACACGGAAAACAGAGGUUACGUUCUUGCACAGCAAUAAGAAGUUAGUUAUUCUGCAGAAGUUCAGCGGCAUUGAUGAACAUGGUCAUCUCACCAUCAGUACUGAACUUGAUGGCAGUGUGCCAGAGAUACCAUAUGGAUCCACAGUCCACAUUGAGCCUUACACAGAAUUGUAUCAGACAUCUAGCUCUGUUAUUACAUCAUCUUCUAACAGAGAGUAUACUGUAGAGUUCCCACAAGAUGGCUCGGAGACAUUCACUUAUCAAUGGAAACAGACCAUCACAUUUACGGAAUGUGUUCAUGAUACUGCUGCUCCAACAGUCCCUGCUAUACAGCAGCUGUCAGUAGACAGAGUCUUUGUACUGUACAACAGAGAGGAGAAGAUUCUCCGAUAUGCUUCUAGCAACUCCAUCGGGCCAAUAACCGACAGUCCUGUAGAUACAAAUCGGAACCCAUGCUAUAUAGGCGCACAUAACUGUGACACAAAUGCUGUGUGCCGUCCAGCACAAGGGAACCAAUACAUAUGUGAAUGUACUUCAGGUUUCCGUGGAGAUGGGAGAACAUGUUAUGAAAUUGAUGAAUGUCAGGAACAACAAGACAUAUGUGGUGAUAAUGCAAUAUGUAAUAACCAGCCUGGAACAUUUAGAUGUGAAUGUAAUGAUGGUUACCAAUUUUUGGAAGAUGGAAGGACUUGUGCAUCUGUGGAGCGCACUAUAAACCAUUGCUUAACUGGAACACACAACUGUGACAUUGCAGAACGUGCUCAUUGUAUAUACACUGGAGGUUCUUCAUACAUAUGUGCUUGUUUGUCUGGAUAUUCUGGAGAUGGGCGUGUAUGUGAAGAUGUUGAUGAAUGUGAGACCAGUCAAUGCCAUCCAGAUGCUGUGUGCUAUAAUAUCCCAGGAUCAUUUUCAUGUCAUUGUAAGCCUGGAUACCAAGGAAAUGGUUUCCAGUGCUUCCCAGGAGAACCACAAAAGACACCAUGCCAGCUCCAUCAAGAUAGUAUCCUUGGUUCACCCUCUGUCAGAGGUGCAAGGCCUGUUGGUCAGUUUCUUCCACAAUGCGAUGAAAGUGGUAACUACGUUCCAAGGCAAUGCCAUUCUGGCAGUGGAUAUUGCUGGUGUGUGGACAAAGAUGGCAAUGAACUUCCUGGUACAAGAACACGUCCUGGACUGAGUCCACCAUGUCUUGAUAUAGUGACUCAUCCUCCUCCUACUGUGGGGCCUGUUGUGAGACCAGAUGUUGCUCCUCUGCCACCAGGAACACAUUUGCUGUUUGUACAAAGUGGGAAGAUUGAGCAUGUUCCACUAGAGGGAAAUAGCAUGAAGAAAUCUGAUGCCAAAACCUUACUUCAUAUCCCAGAUAAAGUUAUAAUUGGUGUAUCGUAUGACUGUGUGGACAAGACCGUAUACUGGACUGACAUUACUGGUCCCUCUAUUAGCAGAGCCAGCAUAAAUGGUGGAGAGCCAACUGCAAUUAUAAAAACAGAGUUAGGAAGCCCUGAAGGAAUAGCAGUUGACCAUCUGGGCCGUAACAUUUUCUGGACUGAUUCUGUAUUGAAUACAAUUGAAGUAGCCAAGCUGGAUGGAAGUAACCGUCGAAUAUUAUUUGAUACUGAUCUAGAGAACCCAAGAGGAAUAGUAGCUGAUGCUCUUAAAGGAAAUCUCUACUGGACAGACUGGAACAGAGUUGCACCAAAGAUUGAAACAUCUUAUAUGGAUGGAACCAACAGAAGAAUUCUUGUUAAAGAUGAUCUUGGUCUACCAAAUGGACUUACCAUUGACGCAUAUUCAUCAAUGCUUUGUUGGGUCGAUGCAGGAACUAAAAGAAUGGAAUGCAUGAAUCCUAGUCAACCUGCACGCCGAAAGAUUGUGGAAGGCAUUCAGUAUCCAUUUGGUAUAACAAGUUAUGGAAAGAACAUAUUCUACACAGACUGGAAGAGAGAUUCCAUUGUAGCCAUCGAUCGCACCAUUUCCAAAGAGAAUGACAACUUCCAGCCUCCCAAACGAUCCCGUCUCUAUGGUAUCACCACUGCUUAUUCCCAGUGUCCUCAAGGUCAAAAUUACUGUGCUGUAAACAAUGGAGGAUGCAAACACCUUUGCCUGGCAACUCCUGGAGGUCGAUCUUGCCUGUGCCCUGAAAACAGUACCGGAGUCGAUUGCUUAGAUAGAAAUUAGGAGUUUCACUGAUUCAAUAACAUCAGUGGCAUGAGUAUAAGGAGAGCUGUACCUAUGAAUCCUCAAGUCAUUUAAUAAUACAGAGACAAAGAUGUGCCCAGCUGUAUGUAACACUGGCAAUUAACAUUUUUUCAUAGUUAGAUACAGAAAAUUUCAGGCCACUAAAACAGUGUUUUUUAUAUAUAUAUAUAUAUAUAUAUAUAUAUAUAUAUAUAUAUAU